AUGGCGCUGAGACGGUGCUGGAGGUCUGCUGGCGUUAUCCCACGACUUUUAUGGAAAGGCUCCGUCCCACACGCGACUUUUAACCCGGCAGGACGAAGCUAUGUGUCCUGCUUUGUCAACGCUCACCAAGGUUGCAGAACCACACAGUCGCAGCUCCGCAGGUUCAGUUCAGAACCAGCAUCCACAGACGUGAGUUACGAGCAGCUGAAGCAGGUCCUGGCUGACCGGGAAGCAGUGGUCAUAGAUGUCCGUGAGCCCUGGGAGCUGAGGGAGUACGGUUUCAUCCCCGGAGCCAUUAACGUGCCCCGUGAGUGCUGCUCAGUCUACCUA